AUGAAUAACAACAACAAUAAUCAACUCAGUACCAACAAUGAAAUGCAUAUUCUUUUGGAGCUCCAUAAACAGAGUCUUAAAAAUAUUUGUGAUGCCUUCGAAAAAGAACAUGAUGAAAAUAAUGUAGAUGAUCAAGUACUUAAAGAAUUCAAUAAGAAAAGACGAAGGGAUGAAGAAGUCUUAAACGACAUGUGUAUGGUUUUUCAAAGAGAACUGGUAAACAAAAAGAUGAAAAUCUUACAGUUGACAAACUAUGACACCUUCUUUUGCAUAUACGAUGAUAGCUUUGAACAUAUUCAGACAAUAACUACAAGAAGAAGAAUUAAUUGA